AUGGUGUCUAGUCCCCCACAAGGGUCGGGGGGCCCCCAGGGGGGCCCCCCAGGGGGGCCCCCAGGAGACCCAGCUCAGGGUAAUCCGACGUGGCCCCCUUCUACUGCACUAUCGGUUUCUCCGACGUUGUCUGAGUUGCCUGCUGCUGCUGCUGCUGCUGCUGCUGCAGCAGCAGCAGGGCAAGUGGCAGCGCCGACGCCGACAACAGCAGCAGCAACCGCAAUAGCAGCAACGCCAGCAGCAGCAGCGGGAUCCGUGGGCCCGUACACUGGCGCCGAUUGCCCUGAAGAAGGGCAGCAGCAGCAGCAGCAGCAGCAGCAGCCGCAGCAGCAGCAGCAGCAGCAGCAGCAGCAGCAGCAGCAGCAUGCUGCAGCAGGAGCAGCACUGGGGGCCCGUCGCCUCGAAAGAGGGUCUCAGUCGCUGGAGGUGAGUUUUGCGCCGUGUUCCGCGGACUCGGGCCGCGGAGUGGCUCCCGCAGCAGCAGCAGCAGCAGCAGCAGCAGCAGCAGGAGCAGCAGCAGCAGGAGGGUCGAACGGGGUGGAGGCUGGCGCUGCUGCUGCGGGGGAGCGCGGGGCGAAGAAGGGGAAGAGGGGAGCUGCUGCUGCUGCUGCUGCAGGCGGGUGGGAGCCGGGGCGCCCCUGCAGCAGCAGCAGCAGCAGCAGCAGCAGCAGGGGGCAGUUUGGGGGCGUGCUGCUGGUGCGGCGGCGGCUGCGGCUGCUGCUGCGGCUGCUGGAGCGGGCCUGCUGCGCUGCUGUUGCUGCAGUGGUCCUCCUGACCACUGGUCUGGACCUCCACCGCAACACCACUGACCUUUAUUUGCUGCCAGCAGCAGGACUUUACUGCCUCAUGCUGCUGCUGGCCCACAUCGCUCUCCGCGUCCCCAA